AACAACGUGGAACGUGCAACGGGCAAAGAGCCACGAGGACGACCCCUCACCGUACCACCUCCCUGGGAAGCAUGCCAUCGGAAUAUGUAGGACAGAGAAUAAACCGAUCCAUCUUCCCAUCUUCCCAUCUUCCCAUCUUCCCAUCUUCCCAUCUUCCCAUCUUCCCAUCUUCCCAUCUUCCCAUUAACCUACCUACUACUUACCCCUGAACACAUCUCAGACAUGCACAUGUGCAACAUUCCUCCCAUUUCUCGUCCCUUAACCAUCCUAUAUAGCUUCUCAUCUCCCCUCACCUCAACCCAGGUACCCUCAACCACAUCCUACCCGAGCACACACAUCUCUAGUCCCAGCACCCCGGACCACGCCAACCCACCAACCCCAGCAUGUUCCAGGGCUACGGGACGCCGCACAGGCGCAGAGCAAGCCCAUGAUCCAUCACGCACUUUCCCACGCCACAAAAAUCACCCCAUUCCUUCGUCCCUUUGUCAUUUCCCCAACGUCUGUGUUGCACCCCCCCGCACAUGUCUCAAGUACGCCAGCCUCGGCUCAGCGAAACUGCCAGGAGUAAUCACGAUCGAGAUCCUCGGUCCGUCAAGAGAUUGCCUCAACUGUCACUGGAGGUCAAACCUACCAUGAUGAGUGAGCGAGCAACCAAGAGGC